GCAGCAGCUGAGAGGGACUCAUAGGAAGUUUAUAUCUCAAAGUUCAGCUGAGUGUGUGUUUGUAAUACCCUGGGAGCACAGAGUGUGUGGUCCAACAUGGAGCAGCAGAAGAAGAUUCUGUGUGUGGGGCUGGUAUGUCUCGACAUCAUCAAUGUGGUCAACGAAUACCCUGAAGAAGACACUGACAGCAGAUGUCUGUCCCAGUAUUGGCAGCGAGGAGGAAAUGCUUCAAACUCGUGCACAGUGCUGUCAUUGCUCGGCGUGCCCUGUGCCUUUAUGGGCUCCUUGUCAGCUGGUCCUGUGGCUGAUUUUAUUUUGGAAGAUUUUCAGAAGUACUGCAUCGAUGUGUCUCUGGUGUCUGAGCACCCUCAGUGCUUCCUUCCAGCCUCCAUGGUCAUCAGCAACAUCAGAACUGGAAGCCGCACUAUCCUGCACAUGAACAGUUUCAUCAUGGCUGACUUCUCGCAGCGGGCCAUCGAUGUGUCAGCGGUGGUUUGGCAGGUCGAAGGUCAAACUCCGUGUGCUUGUUGUGUGGUUUGUCCGUCGACCGGAACUCGAACCGUCAUUCUCUCUGAUAUGAACCUUCCUGAUGUCACAGCAGACGAUUUUUCAAAAGUCAACCUCAAUCAGUUCAAGUGGAUCCACUGGGAGGGCCGAAAUGCAGAGGAGCAGGUGAAGAUGAUCCAGCAGGUACAGAUGUAUAACAGUACAUUGCCACAGCAACAUAGGAUUACCAUCUCUGUAGAGAUAGAGAAGACCAGAGAGCUGCUAUACCAGCUGUUUCCUCACGGUGAUGUGGUGUUUGUCAGUAAAGACGUUGCUCGUCAUUUCGGGUUCGAAUCAGGUGAAGCUGCUCUGAAAGGACUCUACAGUCGAGUCAAACAGGGGGCCAUCCUGAUCUGUGCCUGGGCGGAAAAAGGAGCUGACGCUUUGGGUCCUGAUGGUAUGAUCAUUCAUUCUGAUGCAUUUCCUCCUGAAAAUCUUGUCGAUACACUCGGAGCUGGAGACACCUUCAAUGCCGCUGUCAUCUACACGUUGUCCAAUGGAGGAAGUUUGCAGAAUGCGCUGACCUUCGGCUGCAAGGUUGCUGGCAGGAAGUGUGGUUUCCAUGGUUACGACAGCAUCCGUGAAAUCUUCACCGAUGAGCAACCAAAGAGUUAAAAAUUAGUUUGUUUUUGGAGUGCACAUCCAUGUAAACACAUGAACACCUCAACAUGUGAACGAGAAACGUGUCUGAAGUUAAAAAGAAAAAUAUGGUUAAAGAAAAGGACCUGCAUGAUUUUGCUCAGUAACUGAUAACUGAUGGAUAACUGAAACAUCAAUUAGUUCAUUCAUUCACAGAUCAAUAACUGGAUUAUUGUUCAAUACUUUAUUAACUGAAGUGAUAGAAGCUGAAGUUUCUGUUAAAAUAUUUUUUACCUGAUAAUAAAUCUGAUUAAUCAGUGAUUGUGUUGAUUAUUUUUGGUGUCAGUUGUUAACAUUUUAGUGUCCUGAUAAUUUUUUUUAACUUAAAUCUUGAUUGUAAAUGGUGUCAUUAACUAAUUAAUCUUUAAUAAAGCUAGAGCAUUUUACACACUAUUUAGUUGCAUCUUUAUUGUCAUAA